AUGGCUUCCUACGGCCAUCAGAUGCCUCAGCGCCAUGCUCCCCAGCAGCAGGGCUAUGCCGUCCAUCCUGGCGGCGUCGCUGCUGCUGCUGUCGCGCCGGGCCAUGGCUACCGUCCUGGCGCCGCCGCCGCUCCUGCAGGCACCUUUUCUCCCGGCACCAAGAUCCAGGUCGGCAGCCACCGCGUAGUGAUUCAAAAGUAUCUCUCCGAGGGCGGCUUCGCCCACGUCUACCUCGUCAAGCUUCCCGCCCCAGUCGACGGAACCGACCUCGCUGUCCUCAAGCGCGUCGCUGUCCCCGACAAGGACAGCCUGCGAAGCAUGCGCACCGAGGUCGAGACCAUGAAGCGCCUCAAGGGCCACCGUCCCAUUGUCGCUUACAUGGACUCGCACGCCUCGGAGCUGCGCGGCGGCGGCUACGAGGUCUUCCUGCUCAUGGAGUUUUGCGACGGCGGCGGCCUCAUUGACUUUAUGAACACGCGCCUGCAGCAUCGUCUGACCGAACCCGAGAUCCUCAACAUCUUUGCCGACGUCGCCGAGGGCGUCGCCUGCAUGCACUACCUCAAGCCCGCGCUGCUGCACCGUGACAUCAAGGUCGAAAACGUCCUCAUCACCACACGCUCCGGAGGUCGCCGCUUCAUGCUCUGCGAUUUUGGUUCGGCGGCGCCGCCACGGCCCGCGCCUACCUCGGUCGUCGAGUGCCGAUUGAUGGAUGAGGAUGUCCAAAAACACACCACCCUCCAAUAUCGAAGUCCCGAAAUGGUCGACGUCUACCGAAAGCAACCCCUCAACGAAAAGGCCGACAUCUGGGCUCUCGGCGUCUUUCUAUACAAGCUCUGCUACUAUACCACACCUUUUGAGGACCAGGGCCAGCUUGCGAUUCUGAAUGCGAGCUACAGGUUCCCAAGCCACCCCAACUUUUCAGACAAGCUCAAGAGACUUAUUGCCUCUAUGCUUCGGGAGGACCUGAAUGCUCGACCGAAUAUAUAUCAAGUGGUCUCCGAGGCCUGCGCUAUGCAGGGCCGCAAGGUUCCAAUUCCCGAUAUCUACUCUGGGCGUUCUGGCUCAGCUUCACCUUCCAAGACGAACCGCGAAUCUCAGCGAGAGACGCCAAAGCCGGUAGUUGGCGUGUCGGUAUCCGCUCCUGUUCAAAUUACAGAGAAGCUACCUGACAUUACACCUAUGCGCCGCGGCCGGCCAACGCCAUCGCCGGCACCGUCCCAGCAGACUGCGUCGAGUGGCACUCCCAAACGAGUGACUGACGGGGAUCCUUUUGCGGCUCUUGAUGGGAAGCCGGCUGCAAACACCAAGCCAUCUCCUUCCGAUGACGACAUAGCGGACCGAUUUCCCAGCCUCAAUCAAUUUUCACUGCUUCACCACAAAGGCAGCAAUUUUGAUUUUGAGCCUAAGAGCCCGGAGACGUCGAAACCGACAGUGGCGCCCAAAAAGGACAUGGCCGACAAGCUGGCCGACUCGGCAUUUGCUGCCUCUAGACAAGCUGCGCCCAAUCCUAUCCAGCUGGAGCGGCCUCACUCUGUUACGCCAGUUGUCAGCAAAACAUCCGCUCCGCCAUCAGCGAAUACCUCGGCGCCCAUCAAGCCAUGGGCGUCUCAGCCUAAACAGAUUCCUGUGGCAACUAAGGUGCAAGCAACGCUACAAAAGCCCAUCGCGCGAUCGGCCUCUGUCGCUGUUCGCCCGACACCGCCUGCUUCUGCUGUCCAGGCCACCAGAUCACAAGCUCGCCCAGCUACUCCCGAAACGCCACGGUUCGAGAAUGUGCGCGGCUACUCAGAGUUCAACGCGAGCCGGCCCCGACCCGUCAGCACCAACUUUGACAGUAGGCAGCAAUCUUUACCGGAUCGCAGCAGAGCGCCUGCCCAGAAAGCUCAACCACCGUCGCGCGAUAAUUUUGACCACCACCAAAAAGAAGCUCUCAUUCUUGGCGACUCCAAAAGAAGCAGUAACUACCUCGAAACUAACAAUAUCGGCAAUCGAGCAGACGACAAGCCUAGAGAUGGCGCUUUUGGCAACGCUUUCAGCAAAUUCGAGCAGAGUUCGAAUAGCGUUGGGGAGAAGAAGCAGCCGUCUCAAACUUGGUCGCCAAAUGACCCAAUCCUUGUAGACAGCAAGGGCGAUCAGGGCAGUGGUGAUGACAGGGAUGAGGAAAUGACGCCAGAAAUGCGCCGUGAGCGAGAGCGCCUCCAGCUGGAAGAAGAAGAGCAAAGGGUUGCCGCGGCGCAGUCUGAAUACCGGCAGCGACUUGUCGGUGCUGCCCAAGGCAAGAAGCCUGCGCCCGGACCCAAGCCUGGCAUCAUACAGAACAGGAUGCAGGCGUACAUGGGAGAGGAGCAGACGCAGAACAGUGUAGCGCGAACGGCGGAAGGCUAUGGCAAGUAUGCCGAUGCUGCCACGGCUGCCAGCAAACCCAAGCCGCAAAUUAAACGAAAGCCCGUGCUUGCUGGCGUCGCCCGCUCGAGUACCAUGCCACAGACGGCAGGGGCCGCACCCAAGGCAGACAUUGCACCCACUGCAAGCGCCCCGUCGCUCACGGGCCUCAACAAGCCGACCCCGCGACCCCCGCCCAAGAAACCAGAGUACCUGAACAAUAUCCCCACGGGCGCGGGCGCGGGCGCGGGCGACCGGUCACUGUCGCCUGUAAAGAAUAGGUCGCGGAACCAGCCAGAGCAGCUUGUGGCAGAAGACGUGCCCGGACAGCCGGCCCUGGAGUGGUCUGCCCAAGACAAGGAGGAUUAUAUAGAUGACUUCUCCAAGCGAUUUCCUAGCCUGAGCGCCAUUGAAGGAGGCGGUGGCAGCAGAUAG